AUGGUGCUGACCUUAGCGAGCCGGCGGCUCGCUCGGAAGGCGUUCCUGACUGCUGGCUGUACGUGUGCAGCCCUUCACCAGGCUGCGCGAGGCACAUGGCGAGCCUUCUCCGCAGGAGCUGCGCCACACAUUGAAACGCCGCUCAUUUAUUCGGAGGCUUUCUCCAAGCAGCUGGGUGCGGAAGUCUACCUGCAGCUGGCCGCAAGAAAGUGA